AUGUCUGAUAACGAAACGACCGAAAAGUUCGAACCUGCAGUUUCGAGCCCGUUGCUAGAGCUCUCAGGUAUCGCGACCAACAUUCGUAUUCCGCCAAUAUGGCGCGACCAAAUAAGACUUUGGUUUGUGCAAUUUGAAUCCAUCGUCGCCCCCCUCAAGAAAGGCGACCAGGCAAUGUACGAACUCGCAAUAGCAAAACUAGAACGUCAGGAUUUGGACGAAGUAAGCGACAUUUUACUAAAACCACCUGAAACUAAAAAGUACGAAACCUUGAAAACCCGUUUGACUACCGUCUACGAGGAGUCUAAAGAACGUAGUCUGCAACGUCUUUUAUCCGAAAUGGAGCUCGGUGACUUAAAGCCAUCUCAGUUACUGCGUCGGAUGAAAACCCUCGCCGGUAGCAAUAUCUCCGAAACAGCUCUCCGUAUCCUGUGGUCCAAUCAUCUGCCUUUGUCCGUUCGAGCCGUCGUCGUCUCCAGCGAUACUAUUAUGAAAGACAUAAAUUUAAACGACAUAGCACUGAUGGCAGAUAAAAUUUUAGAACAGACACGUAAAGAAAUAUCCGCAAUUUCGGCACAGCCAUCCACUUCUACGACUUCCAGUGAAGCUCUUUCGCCGCAGAAAACGCUAGAAGACAAGCUGGACUAUCUCGUUCGUGAAGUCGCCGAGAUCAAGAUUCAACAGAAACAGUACCGUCGCAACACAUAUUCAGCUCCGCAAUUCAACGCUUCGCGAUUUAAUCGUCCGUAUUCUCGCACGCGCUCCAAUUUUCAAAAUCUCCAACCUUCCUCGAGCGACAUCUGUUUUUAUCACCGACGUUUCGGCGACUCAGCGUAUAAGUGCACCAUCCCCUGUAAUUUCAAGAAGAGCAAUAAUAAGGAAAACUAG